UUGUGUUGUUGUUUUAGUUAUGGACUCUGCCGUCCUCUCAUGCCUUCAAAAUUUCCAUAGUAUUGGCUUUGCAAUCUCUUCUAUUGCUUUUCAUCUUCAUCGUCAUCAUGAGGUCCAGGAGUCCCAGCCCCGGAGCAGUUGGGCAACCGAACCAGGUACAAGAAGCAUACAGUCGUGCAAGAAAGAACCCAUUUUUCGAUGGUCUGUUGAGAGCGGAAGAUGGAACGCCUAGUCCUCCAAUUGAUCUCCAAGCAAGCCUUGGCAGCCGGAACAUUUCUCGCACCAUGUCAGAUAUUGGUAACACUCACACAAGAAAUGCACAUGAUUCAUUGACAGAUAUUGGUAACAACCCAUUUCUUCAGCCCUUUGAACGGUCAAAAAUUGGCAAAACAGCUUCAUUUGCAUUCACGGAUGUUCAGUCACUUUUUAGCUUUGACCCAAAUGAGCCCAUUGAAGCAAAUGAGAAGCCACCUACUGUAAAUGGCCUAACAAGUCCCACAAGUGCAAAAUCAUUUAGGGUGAAUAGAAGGAAAGAAAACCUGUCUACAGUUUCACUUCCUCAGUCUGCAGCAUCAUUCUAUAAUGGGGACUCACCAGAAUUUGAAAUUGUUGCAUCAUGUCCAAGCAUUAACAAGCUUAAUUCAUUUCUCAAAGCCACAAAGGAUGAAGUUAAUGCUGGUGUCCCAGGAAGAUUCUUACAUGUUGUAAUGGCUCAAGAUGGCCCUGAUGUUGGAUCUAUUGCUUCAACAAUCACUUAUGCCUUCUACCUGAAUGAAGCACGUAAAAGUGACCAGAUUUGCACGGUGCCUGUCAUCAACAUGAAGAGGUUGGACAUACGUUCUCAAGCUGAACUCAAAUGGUUACUAGAUUCUUGUCAAAUUGAUCAGUCGUCCUUAAUUUUUGUAGAUGAGAUUGAUCUGUCCUAUUAUGAUCUAUUUGGGAGUCUUAAAGUAGUUCUAUUAAAUGGGAACAAGCUCCCAGCCAAGCAAGAGGCAUUGAAACAGGCAGUAGUUGAAAUUUUCAAUUGCAAAGAGGGCGAAUCUGUAUAUCCCUGGGUUAAGACCAUUACUAUAGCAGAGAAACAGGAUAGCUCAUGCUGUACACUUGUUGCUGAGAAGUUUGCACUGAUUUCACCUGAGAUUUUGGCUGGACAAGGAUUCAGUAGACUUUUGUUAGCUGCCAUCCUCUUAGAUUCCGCGAACUUGUGUAGUCCUCAGUGUUCACUCAAAGAUAAGUACAUGGCUACACUGUUAAUCCAUGGUUCUGGUCGCUUUGGAUGCAAUGGUCUUUACCAGUUACUGAGAUACAAAAUGUAUGAUGUGUCUGAUCUCAAGGUAGCUGAUAUAUUGCGCAAGGAUUUCAAAAAGUGGACAAGAGUUGGUAAGCCAGACAGCGCUGGUUCUAGAAUGAUGGCAUCACAAAUCGGGAUGAGUUCUAUUGGAGUGCCAAUUGCCCAACUUCUUGAUCAUGAGGACACCUCAGUGCGUGAAAUUAAAUAUUUCCAAUAUAUGGAGAAAAUUCGGCUUCUCAUGAUUGUUUCUGGUUAUUAUGAUUCGAAGAAGAACUUCAAGAGAGAGAUCCUGGUGUCUGCUGAAUCUGUGGAGCUCAUGAAGAAUCUGCUGUUUUUCUUCAAUGCGAGUGCUUCCCAACUGCCUCUCAAAGCGAUCCAUCAGCCAGGUCUCGGAGAGGAGAUGCAAGCAUUUGAGAUUGACAAGGUCACAUCCAGAAAGACCAUCGAGCGUCUCUUAGAAGAAUUUGGUGGGACUUCAAAAGGCUAAUGUGAAUUCCAGACCUCGACAAUUGUCCAGAGACAGUUGUUAUUGAUUAUGUAGGUAAAUCACAAGUGUUGAAGGAAAGAUUUCUGUAAGAUAUAACUUAAUCAUGGCUGCUCAAAGUGAAAGGUUUCUUUGAGGCAAUGGUCAAAUGAAUCUGCGACUGAAAAAUUGGAUGUUCUCAGUUUGCCAAAAAUGAUAUGCAGUGCGUGUAUAGAAAGUUCUAAUAGAUUGAAAUGGU